CAAAACGUGUCAAAUCAAAUCCAGGAACUAAUUUAUAAAAAUCCCGGCGGCGAGGAUGAAAACGCCUCUCCAUCUCUCUCUCUCUCUCUCUCUCUCAAGCUCCAUUUCGGAACCUGAAGCUGAGAUCCCGGCGAUCAGAGAAAGCCUAAUCGAGCGAUCAAUCAAUCGGAGAAGGUUAGAUACUCAAUUGGUGCUUUGUUUUUGCAUGUAAAUGUUUAUCGGGUCAGUAUUGAGUAUACUGUGUUUUCGUGUUUUUGGUGAACUAGGAUCUAAGGUUGCAAUUUCACCGCAGUCGGUUUCUGGGUCGAGGAUCGCUGCUUGAAAUAAAAGGAAAAGGGGGCAAGAGAGGCUCGCUUGCUUUCUUGGUUUUUUAUACAAGGAAAAUCUGGCUUCAUUUCCUUGAUUAGUUUCCUCGGGGACGAAUUUGUCUUCUUUUUCGUUUAUUGUUUCUCAGAUGGCUUCCGUUCUUGGGAGAUAUGGAAGAAAAUGGUCAUUGGGUUGUGUUUCAUAUCACAAAAACUACCUCCCUCGAUUCUCCACAGUAGCCCAUUCGGCUGUUCCUUCUGAACCCAUUCAGCAGCAACAAGCUGGCAGAUCAAUGAACCUCUAUUCUGCCAUCAAUCAAGCUCUCCAUAUCGCAUUGGAGUCUGAUUCUCGUUCUUAUGUGUUUGGUGAAGAUGUUGGGUUUGGAGGGGUCUUCCGUUGUACUACCGGAUUGGCUGAACGAUUUGGUAAACAUAGGGUAUUCAACACCCCACUUUGUGAGCAGGGCAUUGUUGGAUUCGCUAUUGGUCUGGCAGCUAUGGACAAUCGAGCCGUAGCAGAAAUCCAGUUCGCAGAUUAUAUUUUCCCAGCUUUCGACCAGAUUGUUAAUGAAGCCGCAAAGUUUAGGUAUAGAAGUGGAGGCCAGUUUAAUUGUGGAGGUUUAACAAUAAGAGCGCCAUAUGGAGCAGUGGGUCAUGGCGGACACUAUCAUUCACAAUCCCCUGAAGCUUUUUUCUGUCAUGUUCCUGGUAUAAAGGUGGUUAUCCCCCGUAGCCCCAGUCAAGCAAAAGGAUUACUGCUUUCAAGCAUACGGGACCAGAAUCCUGUUGUGUUCUUCGAACCGAAGUGGCUUUAUCGGCUAUCUGUAGAAGAGGUUCCAGAGCAUGACUAUAUGUUGCCUUUAUCUGAAGCUGAGGUGAUUCGUGAAGGCAGUGACAUAACACUUGUCGGCUGGGGGGCUCAACUUUCCAUCAUGGAACAGGCCUGUAUCGAGGCAGAGAAGGAGGGAAUUUCUUGUGAAUUGAUAGACUUGAAGACCCUAAUACCUUGGGAUAAGGAGACAGUUGAGGCUUCAGUUAGCAAGACGGGGAGGCUACUCGUGAGUCAUGAAGCCCCGAUUACUGGAGGUUUUGGUGCUGAGAUCUCUGCGUCAAUUGUAGAGCGUUGCUUCCUAAGGUUGGAAGCUCCAGUGAGCAGGGUUUGUGGGCUGGACACACCUUUCCCUCUAGUUUUUGAACCGUUCUACAUGCCAAACAAGAACAAGAUACUGGACGCCAUAAGAUCAACUGUGAACUAUUAGCUCCGGACGCUAUGUGUGAUAAAUAAGCAACACAGCUGAAGUAGGAGACGAAGACAUAGAACCCAACAAAAGAAGAGCCCAAUAUUCUGAUUUCAUUGUGUUGUGCUUGGGAAGGUCAAUAGCUUUAGUGCUUGUAUUUGUGCGAUGUGCCUUGUUGUUGGAUCAUGUAUUGAUUUCAGUAAUGAAGUUGAACCAACUACUGGACGAAUUCUUGAAAACAUCAUUUAGAUAUGGUGACUUGAUUGAACCGCACUUGAGAUUGAUUUUUUUGCACAAUCACUUUUAGUGUGGGUGACAGUUGACACAGUUUGAGUAUCUGUGAUUUUGAGAAAGGAAAGCCAAAUUUUGAAGGCCACAGUGAGGAGUAGGGUUGCAAACGAGCCGAGUUUUUGCUUAGCUUGAGCUCGGUUCGUUUGUAAAUUUUUCAGCUCGAACUCGAAUUUUGAUAAUUCAAUUCAAGCUCGGCUCGAUUAAAAAUAAUCCAGCUCGAGUUUGAUUCGGUAGGGCUCGGUAAAUGCUCAUUAACAUAACUUGUCAAGCUGAGUAUAAGUUUGGUUCAAGAUGAGCUCGAUCCGAAAUCAUCUACACUAUUUAUAAUCAUCAACACAUAUUAUCCUCCAUUAAUAUAUAGUAGAGUUUUGU